UGGAAACAAAAACAAGUGAUAUAUUUGUUAGAUUUUGAAUGUGGAAAAAAUUAAGUUUAAAGGACAUAAAAGUUGUGUUCCUAUAAGAAAUAAAUUAAUUUAAAUUAGUUUCCAAAUAUAGUUAAGUAGACACCAACAGGAACACGUUUGCACGUUUCGUUCGUAGGAGACACAUCAUCGUUUUUGCUAUCUUGCGAGGGAGUACCAUCAAACAUUUCUCAGGGAGGAGACGGAAGAAUAUAAUAUCUGAUAACUAUUUUGAUAGGGAAGUGAUUCUCUAAGUUAUUAUGACCUCUACUAAACCACGGAAGCAGCCAACUGCAAUAUCACGGAUGAGGCAGGAUUACAUGCGUUUAAAGCGCGAUCCUUUACCUUAUAUAACUGCCGAACCGUUACCAAACAAUAUCCUAGAAUGGCAUUAUGUUGUAAAAGGUCCAGCUAACACCCCUUACUACGGUGGAUACUAUCAUGGAACAUUACUUUUUCCAAGAGAAUUUCCAUUUAAACCACCAUCAAUUUAUAUGUUGACGCCUAACGGACGAUUUAAGACUAACACCCGCCUCUGCCUUAGCAUAUCAGAUUUCCAUCCCGAUACAUGGAAUCCAACGUGGUGUGUCGGUACUAUAUUGACGGGGUUACUCAGUUUUAUGCUGGAAUCAACACCAACUUUAGGUUCAAUUGAGACAACGACUUAUGAGAAACAGAGCUAUGCCAGAAAAUCUUUAGAGUACAAUUUAAAGGACCCAAUUUUUCGAGAAUUGUUUCCUGAAGUAUGCGAAGAAAUAAACAAAUUACUAGAAGAUGAAAAACAAAAGCUCGCUCUUUUAAAUGGAGAACUUAAUAGAAAACCAGUUAACAAUGUAAUACCAGCCACAAAUAAUGAAAAUGGCUCUAACGGAGCACAACAUGUAAAAUCAGACGAAUGCGAUAACAAACGAAAAUCUAUUAUUAAUUGGCCAGGACUAUAUUCAAAUUUGGUGAUUGGAAUCAGUUUUUCGAUUUUUGCUUUGGUAGUAAAUUAUGUAAUCAAGAAUCUGAACCAGGAAUAAAGUUUAGAAAAGCCGUGUUAAAGUUUUCAGCAGCUAAACACCAGUUA